CAGGCGGCGAGUCGGGAAGGCAGCGGCCCCGGCGCGGGGGCGACGCUGGCAAUUGUGAUGGAGAGCUAGUCCGUUGGGCUGUGUCUGCCAGUGCGAGAGGACGCGGUGACUGAGGGUGCCUGGUGGCGGGUCGUGGCGCAGUUGACCCGGCGGAGCUCCUGGGAUCGCGGAGGGAGGCGCCGAGGUGGAGGGAGCCCGGCCUCCCCGGGAAUGAAUGGAAGCUGGGAAGCGCCUUCCGACUCCCACUCUGGGAGAACCUACUGGCCGACGCGCGCGAGAGAGUGUGGUGUUUGGGAUUCGGAGCCGCCUGGGUCCAGGCACCGCAGUUUGACUGCCGGGUCGCUGUCUGGGUGCCCACGUUGCUUACCGGGGAGAGGCUGGCGUUGCUGGAACAGCGGGUGUAGAUGCCCAAGGCUCGGUUGCCGGCUGCCAGCCCCAGACGUCUCGGUUCCCCAAGAAGGUAGCCAGGCUGGGGGCUGGGACCGGCGCCUGCGGGAGGGGGGCUUCCCUGUCUCCCUCCGGGUGCGAGUCCCCCGUGACAGCUGGGCUUCAUCGCCAUGUUCUCCGUGGGUAAUUGGACAUUUUUAAGAGCUUUCUCCCCACGAAGAGGAAACAUCCCAAAGGAACACAGGAUGUGACCGUGGAAACCCUCAUGGGCAACUCUGCGGAUGGCGCGCCAGUCCGUGGCUGCAGGAGAAGAUCAUGAGCGCUCCUGAUGUGCGGCGUGACCCCACACUCCCCAGCGAUACUGCUCGUGGUGUGAUGGGGAAAACCUGAGGGACAGGCAGAAGCGCUCCCCGCCUUCCUGAUGCCGUGGCUCCUGUAGAACAUGACCAUUGGGGUCACUUCCCCUUGCUGCCUUGUAGAGUCAAGCCAAAGCAUGUGCUUCCCCCUCCUCCCCCGUUGGUUCCUGCCGUGUCUCCGUCUGUCUCUGCUGCCUUCCCACCAUCUGAUGUAAUCGCAGGACAUCCGUAAGGCUUCCCGUACUCCCUGGGGCUCACCCAUGGCUGGCUAAGCCUCAGUCCAAGGGCACUACCAUGAGGCCCUGCAUCAACCGCUGCCUACAGCUGUUAGCCGACGACGCACACAAACAGCAGGUCAGCUGCCGAGGGGGCCCCCACCAGAGUCACCAGGCGUGCCCCGCAUGCAAAGGAGAAAACAAGAUCCUGCUUCGCGUGGACAGUCAGCAGAUGAACUUGCUGGCUGUUCUCGAAGUGAGGACUGAAGGGAACGAGGCCUGGGGCGGGUUUCUGCGCUUUAAGAAGGGGAAGCGAUGCAGCCUGGUGUUUGGACUGGUCAUAAUGACCUUGGUGAUGGCUUCCUACAUCCUUUCUGGGGCUCACCAGGAGCUUCUCAUCUCGUCUCCUUUCCACUAUGGGGGCUUCCCCAGCAACCCCAGCUUGCUGGACGGUGAAAACCCAAGCGACCUGAAGGAGCAUCACCACCAGCCCCCUGUAAAUAACGUGUCCUACGUCAAGGACUAUCCCAGCAUCCAGCUGGUCAUCAGCAGCAUCACCGCCAGGAUCGAGUUCACCACCAGGCAGCUCCCGGACCUGCAAGACCUCAGGAGGCAGGAGCUGCAUAUGUUCUCAGUCAUCCCCUCUAAGUUCCUGCCCAACAGCAAGAGCCCCUGCUGGUACGAGGAGUUCUCGGGGAGGAACACCACUGACCCCUACCUGACCAACUCCUACGUGCUCUACUCCAAGCGCUUCCGCUCCACUUUCGAUGCGCUGCGCAAGGCUUUCUGGGGCCACCUGUCGCAUGCGCACGGCAAGCACUUCCGCCUGCGCUGCCUGCCGCACUUCUACAUCAUCGGGCAGCCCAAGUGCGGGACCACUGACCUCUACGACCGCCUGCGGCUGCACCCGGAGGUGAAGUUCUCGGCCAUCAAGGAGCCGCACUGGUGGACCCGGAAGCGCUUUGGAAUUGUCCGCCUCCGAGAUGGGCUGCGAGACCGCUACCCUGUGGAAGAUUACCUGGACCUCUUUGAUUUGGCCGCACACCAGAUCCAUCAGGGCCUGCAGGCCGGCUCAGCAAGGGAGCCGAGCGAGAUGAACAAAAUCAUUAUUGGGGAGGCCAGCGCCUCCACCAUGUGGGAUAACAAUGCCUGGACCUUCUUCUACGACAACAGCACAGACGGGGAGCCGCCAUUCCUGACCCAGGACUUCAUUCACGCCUUUCAGCCACAAGCCAAACUGAUUGUCAUGCUCAGGGACCCCGUGGAGAGGUUGUACUCUGACUAUCUCUACUUUGCAAGUUCGAAUAAAUCUGCGGACGACUUCCAUGAGAAAGUGACAGAAGCUCUGCAGCUGUUCGAAAAUUGCAUGCUGGAUUACUCGCUGCGCGCCUGCGUCUACAACAACACCCUCAACAACGCCAUGCCUGUGAGGCUCCAGGUGGGGCUGUAUGCCGUGUACCUUCUGGACUGGCUCACUGUUUUUAAUAAGGAUCAGUUUCUCAUUCUGCGCCUGGAAGACCACGCAUCCAGUGUCAAGUACACCAUGCACAGGGUCUUUCAGUUCCUGAACCUGGGGCCCCUAAGUGAGAAGCAAGAGGCCUUGAUGACCAAGAGCCCUGCGUCCAAUGCACGGCGUCCAGAGGACCGGAACCUGGGGCCCAUGUGGCCGGUCACACAGAAGAUCUUGCAGGACUUCUAUGGGCCUUUCAAUGCUCGGCUGGUGCAGAUCCUCGCCGAUGAAGCGUUUGCGUGGAAGACACAGUGAGACCUUAGUCCUGGCUGUAGGCAUGGGGCUCAGCGACCCUGUCAUUGCCAUGACUUGAACCGUCUCCCUCGGUGGGGAACUGUUUUACACACAGUGUGGAGAAAACUGGGAGACUCCAUCUUCUUUUCCUCCCCAGGCACCUGUUAAUUAGAACCAUUCCAGAAUUUCCUUUGUGAAGUUCAAUAGCUUAGCCCUUGACCCCACAGAGCCCCUCCAGAGGCCACUGGAAGCUGCAGGUGGGCAGGAAUUGAGUUCUGCUCUGUGAGCACCCGGAGCCCUGGGGAGGGACGGGCUUGCAGUGCAGAGAGGAGGCCUGGGGAGGCCACAGCCCAACUCUGCUCAGCCACCUCCAGGACAGCCUGAGUCCAGGGUUUGACAGUCCUGGGGUCCUGUGAAGUACCAGCGCUGGACUGGCCGGAAUGUACACGUCUCAUGCUCACGAGCAGUUUUGCAACACUCUUGAUUGGAUCACUCACCCCAUCUGGGUGGAGUAUGGAACCUCUUUUGAGAAUGGAAUCUCUUUUUCUUUUCUUCUUACUCCCAAGUCAGCUCUCCAGUGACAUCAGAAAUAAACCCUGUUCACAGUUUCCAAGAGAAAAAAAUUGUUUUUGGCAGCUGUUCAUCUCCAGCCUCGCGUUCUGCCCUUGUAGACUUCAUGUUUAACUAGAAAAUGAAUGCGUUAACAAACCACUUCCUGCAUUGGACUAGCCCUAGCUCUCCCGCCUGCCUCUUUAGAUGUUUUCUCAAGAAAUUCUGUUUAUAUUUGGAAGGGGAAUUUUUGCUGAAUGCCGGAAUCCUGCAUCCUCAAGGAGCUGAACCCUUUGUGGAGUCUCAGUGACUGAAGUCCUGAGGCAUGCAGGUCCUCAGAGAACUCAAGGGGCUCAAGUGCUGGGUCCUUGCUGGCUGCAGGCUCUGCCCCUCGGGGAACCUCUCUGGAACGAGUUCGUUAUCCAAGUUCUCCAGCUCCUCUCUCAUUAAGGAGCUGCAAGAUUCUGGUAUCCUGAUUCAGAAACAAUGCACAGGCUAAACUUGGGCUUAAUGUAGUAUGCUGGAAUUUGGAAUGAGAUUGCCAGGAGCAAUGUUCUUAAUGGAAUUUUCCAGUACUCUAGGCAGCUUUGGUUUACAAUGGAUGGGCUGAAGGUCUUGUCACUUCUUGGAAGUCACGGGGAAAAGAAUGCUUGGGCCUGCUUGGCAUUCAGCCCGAGGUGGGACAAGGAAGCUUUGCACUCCUGUGGUCAAGGGAAGCUUCCUGUGAACCCGUGUUCUCGGAUUGAGGUCCCAUCUUCUGAGUCAGAAAGUGCAAACACUACAUACCCAACUGGCGCUCGUGUGUGAAAUAGCUGGGCUUUGGUGGCACCAGGAUGUGCUCAGCUAUCUGACCCUAUUGCUAUCGUCUUCCUGCCACUGCAAAAGGGAUGCUGAGCUCAUUGUCCUGCGCCCAUUGCCUGGGGUGCGGCUUGCUCUGAGCACUGCUGCGGCCGGGGCUGUUUCUGCUACUGAAGGCGCUGUGUGUCCUGAUCACCACUUGCAGGGACAAUCCCCACCUUUCUCUUGCAGAAGGCCCUCACAGCAGCCGCCAGAGGGGAAGUCUGGCCUGAGCACAGGAUGCUUUAGGGAGAUAUCACUUCGGAGUGUGUGUGUGUAUUUAUUUGGAAUACAGAGUGUGUGUGCGCGUGUGUGUGGGCGCAUUUGCUGAGUGGGUUCCCUUCAGUCCUGUUGCUGACGAGGCCUCCUCUCUGGACACAAUGCCUUUACAGAUUAAUUUCUCUGCCAAUUAACUUGUCAUUUCCAAUACAUAUUUUGCUAUUCAACAUCAGCCAUGAUUUCAACAAGGGGUUUUUCUUAUGCACUCCUAUGCAUGUGAAUAACAUGUCGUGUAACUCUGCUUCUUACAGAAGUAUUACGAAGGUAUUAUUUCCAAUAUUAUUUGGUUCAUUACUGAUCUCUUUUGUAUAUGCAGACCCCCUCUCUGUGCCGCCCAGUGCCAUCCAGACAUGGUUUUUCCCUCCAGGCCUUUCUCCAGGGGCCACACUGUUGCCUUUGCUCUCUCCGUCGAGGCCUGGCUCCUGUUGACAGCACAGAUGCCAUCCUUGGGCAGUGGCUUUCUAGCCCAUCACCCCAGACCAAAGCGAAAUGGAAGGUUCUUCACGACCUGGUACUGAAGACACUGCACACGGGUGUGCCCACCGCAGCCCCUAGUUGUGUGAGGUGUCGUGUGAAUCACGGUGGUGUUGUGCUUCUAUUAAUAUUUAACAUAAUUAAAGAUGGACCCAUAUGA